UCUUAUUAUAUAUUUUAACAUACUGGAGGAAUUUUCUCGAUAAGAAUAAUGUUUUUGCUCUCAGAGCUAGAAACAUUUGAUAAUGGUUAAGUUAGAUUUUAUAAAACUAAAUAGAAUUCAAUUACUUUAAUCUUGUCUGGACCUUGACACACUAUCUUGCCUUACUCGAAAACCCAAUUUCAUGAUUUCGAAACUUGUCAUAUUUAUUUCCUAGUCUAUUUAACUCGAGGUUUUAAAUGCUUUCGGAAGAUAAGCUUGAAAUUGUAAGUCAAUCCAUUUGCUAUAAAUUACACGACACUUCUAUAAUCCGGGUUUAGUUUACAUUUUACUUUGCCAGCUGAAUGUUCUAAAAAACAAUAAAUUCCAGAAUGAGGCUCCUAAUUUUCCUGGCAAUUAUUGCUGCUCUUGUUGCCUCUUCCUUGGCUUUGAAAAACGAAAUCUGCGGCCAGACACAUUCUCUAAAUGGCAAUGGUCUAGUCGCUUGUGAAGCCUUUAUACCCAAGUGGAGCUAUGAUUCUGAGAAUAAGAAGUGCAUCAAAUUCAUUUACGGAGGCUGUGGCGGAAACGAUAAUAGUUUUUGGUCGCAAAAAGAUUGUGAAGAAAAGUGUUUGGAAUAAAAUGAAAUAACAAGCAUGAAUAACAAGCUAAAAACUAACAAGAA